AUGAAGACUCGUAUCGAAAGCUUUAAACAGACCAAAGCUCAACUUAUGGAACUCUUCAAGGAUGAAUUGUGGAGAAUCUGCAACGCAGAUGAAUCCUUUUACGGAUGUGGAAUCGCUCAUGGACUGACAUAUGCAAUAAAAGGCUCGGAAGGUGUUGACGUCCACAUGAAUCAUAACGAGAAGAAAGGAAUCACUAUUAUUGCCACAAUCCAGGCAGACGGCAGUAAACUUCCACUCACAUUUGUCUGCAAGGGUCUCACAGAUGCAUGCCAUAAGCAGAUUUACGACAACAGAGUCUUUUCCAAUGAGUUGAUUUUGCAUUCCGAAACAGGUUGGGCCACAAAGGAGGUAUUUCAAGAAUAUCUCAGAUGGCUUAGAAAGUAUUACAACGAUCGUUAUCGCGAGAAUCCAAGUUACAUUCAAAAUGAUAGAAUCUACUUGUUUCUUGAUACAUAUUCUAGCCACAGAAAUGCAGAAACAAAGAAGCUUGCUAAAGACUUGAACAUCACACUCGUCUUCAUUCCAGUUGGAUGCACCGAUCUGUGCCAACCUCUUGACAUGCAUGUCUUUGGCGCCUUAAAGAAUAUGGCAACGAGAACAUGGUGGACUUACUAUUCUAUCGACACUUCCCUCGAGUGCACGCUGAAGUUGGCAGUGUAUAUUUUAAUACGUUGCUGGAAUGCGCUGACUCCUGAGCUCAUUGAGACUGCAUUCAGUAUGCACAUCAAAGAUCUUGAAGAAAAUGAAAGCAUCCAACCACGUAUCUCUGACGAAGAGGCCUCAGACUUCAUUGAACGGAUUGACGAAGUGAAGGCUCAAUUCACAGUAGGCGAGCUUCUUGGCCAAAACGCAGAAGAGGAAGACGCCCCUGAUUUUGACCUCCUUCAAGAGUUCAGUGAGAUCAAUGAACGACGCCAUAGGAGACAGGAAAAUACCCAGAUUGAAGAAAUAGUUUCAGAUGAUGAAGACUGGGAUGGAAGUGAUGAUGAAGAAGAUCUUGAAGGAUUCACUCCAGAAGAAGAAAGAGAAAUCCUUGAAUAUGAUCUAGAUCCAUCAGAAAUUGAAAGCGCAGUAGAACCUGAACCAAAUUAUAAUCCUCCUUCUCCAGCUCAGCCAGACCAAAUUGAACUGCUUCAUGAACAUUCACAUAUCAUAUUUAUCAGAUUUGCCAUUGUUUCACUUACACUCGGAAGAGAUGGUCAUGCCUCUUUUAAAUUUUAUAAGAGACUUGAUUUACAAGGCGAAUAUGUUGUGAUCGAUGAAAAUUGGUGUUAUGUGAUCCCAAGAGGAGGAGCAAUCGGAUAUCAAUUUUUAUCAUUGUAUGUCAGAGGUAAGGAUGUUGAAAUUGAAAAUUAA